AUGAAUGGGUCAGAGCUGAAUUUCGGACCUCAUGAUGAACUCCAUUCGAGGAUCAGUCUAUCAUUUUCCGCCACGAAUCUGUUGGAUCGUGAUGCAUUUUCUAAAAGUGAUCCGAUGUGCGUGGUAUUCCUUUCAACAGGGCCUCUGAACGAUAAUAAGUUUCGAGAAGUUGGCCGUACUGAAGUGAUCCAGAAUUCUCUGAAUCCGGAAUGGAAAGAAACGGUUGAAGUGGAUUACUUCUUCGAAGAAACGCAGCGAAUUAAAUUUGAAAUAUAUGACAUCGAUUCUCGAUCCAGCAAACUUACGGAUCAUGAUUUUUUGGGCCGUGUCGAGACAACUUUGGCUCAAAUUGUUGCUGCUCAGUUUUGUCGACGGACAUAUGACAUCGAUUCUCGAUCCAGCAAACUUACGGAUCACGAUUUUUUGGGGCGUGUCGAGACAACUUUGGCUCAAAUUGUUGCUGCUCAGUUUUGUCGACGGACGUUUACACUCUCGGGUGUCAAGCAUAAAAAAGCACAGGGUGAACUGACCGUUUAUGCAACAGAAAGUGAUGAUGGAGCAAAUGAGAAAGUACGGCUGGUCUGUUCAGGCGUAAAGCUCGAAAAAAAAGAUCUGAUUGGAAAGUGCGAUGCAUUCCUGCAAUUCUAUAAAGUUAAUGAGGAUAAAACGUAA